GCUACACUAACGUUGUGAACCGUAAAAUGAACAGGGCCCUGAAAAAGUCAUGAUUUUUUAAACAUUUUUCUUAAAUUUUGUGUCACUCAUAUGAUCGAAAGAGAAGUUACAGUGAUUAUAUAUUUUUAUAAAAAUACGACUGAAACACAGAGGAUAGCCUUCGAAUCCAUAACUAACCAUCAGAAAAAUGACAAUUAGUGUUUUAUUUACUCAAAUCAAAUAAUGCCAGUAACGUGAUUUAGUGCAGUAAUAUUAGUUAAAUUCGUUCACUGAUGCGAUAUAAUUUCAUAUAAGUUACAUUAAAAAUCGGUGCACGAUGUAGUUAAUAAUAUCAUAAGUGUUUUAAAUGAAUGGGUGUCUGGAAUUUUACAAUAAUUUACCAAGGACAUGUACAUAAUAAAUCAUCGUAACUCACGACGAUCUUCAAUUUCUGCGGGCGACGAAUCAUGCUAUUCUGGCGAUGAACGUUUGAUCGCGCGAUGGAUAAUCGAGAUGGAUGGAGUGGUGGAGAGCCGGUUGCGACCGAGAACUCAACUGAUAGUUCCCGUGCCGCAGAACGCGACCGGGUGCGAAUUGAGUUCUACGCAACCUAUGACGUCAUGACGGGCGUACGCAUAGCUGCCACUCUUGGCGGCUUUUUUGCCCUAAUGGUAUUCCUGAUCGUAUAUAAGAGCCGAAGCAAAUCUGUGAAAGCUUUGAACGAUCCUAAAUUAGUAGAAUUGGCUGAAGCCGUUGUCGCCGAGGAACAGGCAGUCGAAGAAGAAAGACAACUUACGGCCGCUAUCGAAGAAGCACUGUCAGAACGUGCUCGAUCUCGACCGUCGAUAGGCGAAGAGCCUCCCUGGCCUCGGACAGCGCGUUUUGCCUCAUAUGGAGGAGGCUACGGAAGCUUGCUAACGCCACCUCGUCGAUUGUCAACAGUUCGCGGUGAUUCCCUUCCUGGUUCUGCCUUGCGUUUCGUGGAGCGAAGGGUAUCAGCUGGUCCCCGAGAUCGGCGACUCAGCUCCGCGACCUGUUCAAGCUCAGGGAGCUCAUAUCUAGAGAGACGUGAUUCCUCAGUGGUGUGUGCUUUGCAAGAACGCCGUUUGUCGCCCUGUCCCAGUGAGCGACUCGCCCCUCUGGCAUCCGUGGGUAGUGUAGGCCCAUCCUACGCUGUAGAGUGUGAAUUAGCGUCAGUGGGUGCAGAUUCAGUAUUCGCGGAGGACGAUGCAGAUUCCACAGAUGAUGAAGUGGAACAAUUUUCGACGGAUAGUGGUGGUGGAGAUGCAACAUUGGUAGGCGAGUGCACCGAGCUUUCGAGCCGUCCCAAUACAGCACUGCCACUGCAACUAGACCGUGCUUCACAUUCACGGGAAACGUUGUUCUAGUCUUUGCCAACGGUUUUGUAACCGAAGGUUAAAUUAAUGUUAGUCAGCAUAUUAAAAUAUUGACAUUUUAUCAUUUCUAAAACGAAUUUCUUUGUAUUUUAACAUAUCAUACAAUUUGACAUAUCGUUUAAAUUACCAAAUUGAAAUUAUUAUAUUCAAAUCAUAUUAUAAUUAAAUAAAGCGCUAUAAUUUUAUAGUACUACUGUUAGGCAUACCUAUCUAUUAUUACCUGUAGUACUGUAGCUUUUCAGCAACAGAUUUUUCACUAUUAUGAGUAAUGCUUGCAACUGCGCUUAUCAUUUCUCUUAAAACUAAAAUGAAUUAAAGUGUCGAUAUUUUAAUGUGUAAUGUUUGUAUGUACAUAGAUUGUUUUUGUUGAUAAAUAAUUAUAAAUUGAUGUUUCAUAAUGUUGAUGUUCCCAGACCACGCCAAAAAUUAAAUGUAAACAAUUAAAUAUAUAUGUUGCGUAUAUACAUAAGUAGCAAAUUAGUUAAAUUUUGCUAAUACGUGUAUUUAAUUUGCUAACGGCUGAUCCAUACAAUAAUCACAUAUUCACGCGUUAUAUUACAUCAAGUUCCGCUGGUAUUCACCAUAGUGUUCGAUUCGAUGUAAAAGUAAAUGUAAAGAUUUGCCGAAUUAGUCAUUUGUAGUUACAAUAAAUUAAUGUAAUUAUGUAAUAGUUUUCGACGAAUUUUAAACUUCUGUAAAUUGCCACUCUAUUUACAAAGUUUUCAACUCUACCGGGCUAACAGCCAACCCCACUGUAAGUGCGGUUGAGUAACAUACCAAAGCAUUGCCGACUCACAUGGUGUUUGUACAAUGUAGAUAUUAACUUGUUAGGGUAGAUAGUCGUCAGUGAAGUCAAUUGCGAACGUGUAUUUGUAUUAUUAAUAGUAUUGUAACUACAGUUUUACUUAGAAAUCAAGGGCACAGAAGACCAAUACGUCCUUUGAACAAUAAAAUAUGAAGUUGGAAGCGGCCUAAGAUUGCUCGUACCAAUGUCAUUUUCCAAGUAAACUGCCACUGUUCUUGUUAGUAACAAUGUAACGCGGACACCGGGGUUUUAUUGAUUCUGGGUGUUUCGAUCCCGCUACAGCCACACGCGGGCCCAGUAGAUUGAUUACGCAUAAGUCGUUUUUAUUACGAUUUAGAUUUACGUGUUAGUUUAUGUAAUGUUCGUUGCUCGAAUUAAAAAGAGCUCCCUGUAGUCUGUAAAAUGUUGAAAUGUAUGUAAAAAAUUGUAAAUAUAAAACACAACUCAUUAA